GUUGGUCGGCGGGCUGCAGUGAAACCGUGUUUUCUUGGUAGAUUUCGGCUUUUACGUUAAGUUUUCCGGUUCGCGCUGGUCACCGUUGCCGAUUAUCGUGUUGCCAAGCUGUUUUGUGCUGUUUUGACCGUCAUUAUAAGUUUUAUAGUCGAGUUCGGGUUGGCGUUUUUGUUUUUGGCGCCAUUCGUCGAGUGAACGCGAGUCACAUGACGUCAUCUCUGUUGGAGCGCAGCUCGCGCGGAAACAAGUGACCAGAGAGCGAAUGAUGUUUUGAUCUCCUCUGCAGAUUCAACAUUCAGCCAAACUCUUUUGAGAGCCAGGAAGAGGAGCAGCCUUCUGUCAGGUGACUCACUGACAACCACACAGAGUGAAACUAAAGAAAGACGAGAGAAGAAACAAAACCCUGUUAUCCAGAUACACUGCUACAUCAACAAGAUGACGACAAAAUCUCAAGGGCCAAUGGACAAAGUGAAGGAGGAUGAGUGCCAUCCAACUCACUCCAUCGAGUGGUGCUGGAGCAACAAGAGACCCAACAUCAUCACCUGCAAAAAGGCGGGAACUGUGGAGGAUCUGCUGAAGCGAAGUUCACAGUUCAGGGAGACUGCAGAGAAGCAGAAGGACAAAGAGUUGGUUAUUGUCAGGGAUGGAAAAGCUAUCAGUUCACACUUUCCCUGCAGUUUGAUAAAGGAUGAACGUCUGACUCUGAAGUAUGUCAAAGCCAAAGACAAACCAAAGAAAACUGUGAAGUUCUCUGUCCCGAGUGGGGAGCUUGUGAUGUUUCACGUGUCGGUAAAGGGAGGUAAAAAUGUUGUGAGAAUACUGAGAAAUCCAGCACUGAAAGACAAAGUUCGGGAGGUCACGGUUUACGCGUACAAAGGAGAGAAAGUGAAGAAUGCUUUAAGACGAGAUGGACGCUUUCUCAACAUCAUUUUCAAAAGAACCUGUGCGCUGGCGAACAUCAGCACUGAGGUGAACACUGAGAUGUCCAACCUUGUUGAUGGGCUGGAGGGGAAAACCUUCCAGAUCAUAAUGCUCAAUAAGUCCAGUCCACCUGAAAGUCUGUCUCCUACUCAUGAUUAUAGUGAAUCUCAGGAGUUUCCCACUGAUGAAAGCUUCUCACAGCAGCUCACCACAAUAAAGACAGUGAAUGAAGACGUACCAACAGAGGACCCUCAGACUAAUCGUGACACAGCAGCAGGAUCACUGUUCCAAGAGAUACCAAGAUCACAAAUUAUGCAAAAGAAUUUAUCUUCACAGUUUCGAGAUUUAGUGAAAACCAUAAAGACUCCAGCUUCGAAGCUUUCCAGAAUUCAGAAUCUCUUCCGGGUGGAGUACGGACAAAAUGCUCAGAUGUGCAGGGAGGUGAAAACCAUGAAGAGACUGAUGGAUCUGAGUGAUUCAGUGUGUCAGGUGAGAGUCAACGGCAGCGCACGAGGAAGUGGAUUCCUCCUGUUUGGAAAGUUUGUGCUGACAAAUGGCCAUGUGGUUAAAGAUGUCUAUAAUGAGAAUCAAAGGCACCUUGAUGAGAAGGUGACUGUUCAUUUCUCUUUUGAGAGCCUGGAGGAGGUGGAGGGAGGGCGGGAGGAGGUGGAGGAGAUCGUCGGAUUUGAGCACCAGCCUGACGUUUUGGGAGGUGACUGGACUUUGCUGAGGCUCAGAGCCCAGCAGGCAUUACCCGACGGCCUUUUGGCACACUCUGGGUUUCUUCCACAAAGCGGUGGAAUUUGCAUUAUUGGGCAUCCAGAUGGUGGCGUGAAGAAAAUCGAUCCGUGUUUGAUUGUUAAACAUGAGAAUCGCAACCAGGUUGUGGAGAAGCAUUACAAUGAAAAUCAAGGGCAGAUCAACCUGAUUACCUCUCGUUUCUUUGAGGGUGUGGCGCAGUCUGUUCAGCAGAACCAACAGGUUCUGACCUACGAGUCUUGCUUCUAUUUUGGCUCGUCUGGCUCUCCGGUUUUUGACCAAAACUGCAGGGUCGUUGCGAUGCAUACAGGUGGGUUUAUCUACCAAACCUCACUGGGCGAAAACCAGAGUGUCAUCGAAUUUGGCCACCCUUUGCCCGUGGUCAUUGAACGCAUCAUUGUCCAGGCAGAGGAGAAGGAGAGGUUCGAUGUGUUCAAAGAAUUUAUCGAGCACAGUGGUGCUCAGCAGCAAAAUGUCAUUGCCUUCUUGAAAAAACUGAUUGAGAGCAGGAAUCUUCCAAGACUGAGGAAUGCAGUGAACGAUGCAGUCAGCAGUUCAGUCACAGCAGAGGACGAGAAUUUGGAGUUCCUUGAACUGGUCUUUCCGAAACAUGAAACUGUCCCAAUGGAAAUAAACUGAUCAUCACAAAGAAAUCUGAUAAAUACUGUAUGUAGGAAAAAUUACAUCUGUUGGUUCUAAUAUUCCAUAAUCAGUCUGAAGCGUUUUGAUAAUGUCUCAUAAACAAAGAUGAUUGUAUUUGAUAAUGUCUGACAGUUGUGCACUAAGCAUGUGUGAUGAUUCGAAUAAAC